AUGACAGAGAAUUCAAUCAUCGUCAAUAAAGCCUCGCAUUCUGGUAUCUCGAUUAUUCAGAUUAAUCGUCCUCAUCGAAAGAAUGCAGUAGACUCCGCAACAGCCAGGGAGCUCUAUGACGCUAUUCUCGCCUUCGAAGCCGACGCAUCACAGAAAGUCUGCGUUCUGACUGGCACAGGAAGCACAUUUUGCGCUGGGGCUGAUCUCCACCAAGUCGCGCAAAAGAAGGAUAAUGAUGCGCCUGGCGAGAAUCUCCAGCCCGUAAAUGGGCGCAACUUAGGUCCCAUGGGCCCAUCAAGAUUGACGAUCCAAAAGCCAGUGAUCGGCGCAGUCGCCGGAUAUGCAGUUGCAGGCGGGCUGGAGCUAAGUUUGCUAGCAGAUAUCCGGGUCGUGGAAGAAGACGCUAUUUUUGGGGUAUUCUGUCGCCGUUGGGGCGUGCCAUUAAUCGACGGGGGAACGGUACGUUUACAAGCCAUCGUUGGACUUGCUCGCGCUCUUGAUAUGAUUCUUACCGGCCGGCCGGUUGAAGCUAAAGAGGCUCUGGUGAUGGGGUUGGCUAGUCGCGUUGUGCCUAAGGGAGAAUCGUUGCAGCAUGCCUUGGACAUCGCUAAGCAGCUCAUCGCAUUUCCUGAACUCUGUCUUAAUACCGAUCGUCGUUCAUGCUACUACAGCGCGUAUGAGGCAUCUUCCUUAGAAGAUGCACUUUCGUACGAAUUCCAGAACGGCAGCAAAGUCAUUUCGAAAGAAGCCAUUGCUGGCGCGGCUAAGUUCAGCGGAGGGGUGGGCAGACACGGCAGCUUCAAGGAGUCUGGGAAAUUGUGA